AUGACGGUAGAAGAGGUAGGAGAUGAUUAUACAAAAGAUGGAACAGUUGAUCUUCGAGGCAAACCUGUACGAAGAUCCAUUAGAGGUCGAUGGAAAGCUUGUUCCUUCGUCGUCCUGUACGAGGUAUUUGAACGGAUGGCUUAUUACGGGAUAUCGAGCAACCUAGUGAUCUACAUGACUACUAAAUUGCACCAAGGAACGGUCAAGUCGUCGAACAAUGUGACCAAUUGGGUCGGGACUAGCUGGCUCACUCCUAUCUUGGGUGCUUACGUCGCAGAUGCUCAUCUUGGUCGUUACAUCACCUUUGUCAUCUCUUGUGCUAUUUAUUUCUCGGGAAUGCUAGUAUUAACAUUAUCAGUGUCCAUACCGGGAAUUAAACCACCUGAAUGUUCCACAACCAAUCCUCAAGAUUGCAAGAAGGCUUCGGUUUUACAGUUAGCUGUUUUCUUCGGAGCAUUAUACACAUUAGCAAUCGGCACUGGUGGUACAAAACCGAACAUAUCAACAAUAGGAGCCGAUCAAUUCGACGUGUUCGAUCCAAAGGAGAAGACUCAAAAACUAUCGUUCUUCAACUGGUGGAUGUUUAGUAUCUUCUUUGGCACUCUUUUCGCCAACACUGUUCUUGUCUAUGUUCAAGAUAAUGUCGGAUGGGCUUUAGGUUAUGGACUUCCAACAAUAGGUCUUGCUAUUUCCAUUUCUAUUUUCUUGGUGGGCACUCCAUUUUACCGCCAUAAGCUCCCUACGGGAAGCCCUUUCACGAAGAUGGCUCGAGUCAUUGUGGCUUCAUUUCGUAAAGCCAAGGCACCGAUGACGCGUGACCUCACGCGCUUCCAUGAGCUGCCUUCACCGGAAUAUGAGAAGAAAGGCGCUUUUCCGAUCCACCCCACUCCAAGUCUACGAUUCUUAGACAAAGCUUCACUCAAAACAGGAACAACAAGUAAAUGGAAUCUUUGUACUAUCACAGAAGUCGAAGAAACAAAACAAAUGUUGAGAAUGUUACCUGUCUUGUUCAUAACUUUCGUACCAAGCAUGAUGAUCGCUCAAAUCAACACUUUGUUUGUCAAACAAGGAACCACUUUAGACCGGAAGAUCACCGGAAGUUUCAGCAUCCCACCAGCGAGCCUCGGUGGCUUCACCACACUAUCGAUGCUCAUUUCCAUAGUCUUGUAUGAUCAAGUCUUUGUCAAGCUAACCCGAAAAUUCACCGGAAAUCCAAGAGGCAUCACUUUGCUUCAACGAAUGGGAAUUGGUCUUAUCUUCCACAUUGUCAUCAUGAUCGUUUCAUCAGUCACGGAGAGGUAUCGACUUCAAAUCGCUGCUGAGCAUGGACUUGUCCACCAAACUGGAGUAAAACUACCCUUGACGAUCUUUGCUUUGCUUCCUCAAUUCGUGUUAAUGGGUAUGGCUGAUGCUUUCUUGGAAGUUGCAAAGCUCGAAUUUUUCUAUGAUCAAGCUCCUGAGAGCAUGAAAAGUCUCGGGACAUCAUAUUCGACCACAAGUUUAGCGGUUGGGAACUUCAUGAGCAGUUUCGUGUUGUCCACGGUUUCUGAGAUAACGAAGAAACGAGGAAGAGGAUGGAUUUUGAACAAUCUUAAUGAGUCUAGGUUUUAUGUCUAUAGAGCUGAGGUUACUGAUUCAGUGGAUGUAAAAGAGGAGGAAACGAAGGUAAUGGAUGUCAAAGAGAAUGAAUAG